CGCGACUACAAGAGAUGUCCAGAAGCAACGUGGCUCACAAAAUCCUUUUUAUCAUUUCUGACAAGGCUUUUUUAGCAGCUUUUUAACCCACUAACCGACGGUACAGCCGAGGAACCAAUACCUACAGUGGACUAAAGAUUUGCUACGACCUUCAACACUCGCUACAAGAUGCCUGAAAUCUGCACUUCGCCUGUUAGUUCUCCAGAAGGCAGUGAGGGAGAAGCUCCUGUUAUAUUCAACAAGAGAGCAGGUCCAAUACAGCGAACAAGCUCAGAGCCUGCCAACAAGAGUCAAGUGCCGAUGACACAGAGUCCCUGGACUUACAGUGCUACGAUGGACCUCCCUCUCACGCGGUCAUUCAAUAGCAGCUCUUCAGAGAGCUCGCUGGACUCAGGGUUCGAGUCUCUUGGCAACAAGCCACACCCACUCAGCCCUGGGGUCGUCAUGGUGAACCCUGCUAAUAACGGACCUGAACCAUCUCUCUCUGAUAUGCUGAGCCGAGUGUCACUGACAGCCCACCCACUCAGAGAGCCCUACAUUCCUCAGUAUCCUGACCACGCCUACUACCAUGCCCCCUCUCGUGACGGCGACGCCCUCCUACACACGAUGGGCACAUCCGACGGAGAGUCAGACCACUUCUCACUGUCAAGCUCACCUGAGAUGAUUGAUAGCAGCCCAGUGGAGGCAGGCUGUGAGGGACGUUUCACCUGGCUGACUGGUCACCCACCACAUCCACAGCUGAGGAGACCAGCUCCACUCUUCACUGGUGGUGGUCCACCGGGAAUGUUUGAUGUGCCUGCUCCUUUAUACGAGGGUAUGCCAGUUGACAGGAUCUACCUCCCACCACCCUCACACUUCACGCCACCGCCCACUCCACCCACACACUAUCCCAACGGACACAUGGGCUCAGUCGGCUGUCGUACAGUGUAUUCCGGCCCAUCGGCAGGUGCACUGACAGAGCUGGUGUGCACAUGGAGUGGUGAGCUGCCUCCAAGGAGACACAAGAACCCCACCUUCUCUUGUAGAGUGUUCCUCGGUGGAGUGCCCUGGGACAUCACUGAGGUUGGUCUGCAGCAGGCGUUCCAAAUCUAUGGUCCACUGAACAUUGACUGGCCAGGCAAAGAGAAUAAACACAGCCGCCAUCCACCCAAAGGUUAUGUUUAUCUGACCUUUGAGUGUGAGAAGUCAGUGAAGGGACUGCUGAUGAAUUGUGCCCAUGACCCCAUGGAUGCCUCGCAGUACUACUACAAGGUGUCCUCGAGGCGUAUGAAGAAUAAGGAGGUUCAGAUCAUUCCCUGGGCUCUGUCUGACAGUAACUCCAUUCGCUGUCCCUCACCUCGACUAGACCCCAGCAGAACUGUCUUUGUGGGGGGUCUACACGGCCUCAUCAAUGCUGAUAUCCUUGCUCACAUUAUGAACGACCUGUUUGGGGGUGUGGUCUACGCUGGCAUCGACACUGACAGAUACAAGUAUCCGAUUGGCUCCGGACGUGUUACUUAUGGCAACCAGAAGAGCUUCAUGAAAGCUGUGAGAGCUGGCUUCGUGGAAAUCAAAACUACAAAGUUCUCUAAGAAGGUCCAGAUCGACCCCUACCUCGAGGACUCUCUCUGUACGAUGUGCUCGCGUGUGGUUGGUCCGUAUUUCUGUCGAGACUUCCACUGUUUCAAAUACUUCUGUCGCUCGUGUUGGCAAUGGCAACACUCCAUUGAGGGCUACCAAAACCACCGCCCACUCACACGCACGUCCAAGACAACCCACGCUUUGUAAGGCUUCGUUCAUUUGAACUUUUGGCAAUCUCUUUCGUUUUGAUUGUGUUCGAUUUUUGUUAAACAGAAUUUAAUUCGUCCGGUCUAUGCCCAAAUCUAGUACCCGUAUGUAACGCAGUGUUUAGUUCAUUUUGCUCACACUUUAUAUUUUCACGCAAAUACUUUGUUACUCUCUAUUCUCGUAUGCCCCGCCCACCCCACCCCCUGCAAAUUUUUAUUACAUCGUAAUUUUAGGCAGCACACUUUCAAAACACUUAUUUUAUUUUAUCGACACUUUGUGCCAUCCGAUAAAUUCUUUUAUUGAUUUGCUUGCGGCUGUUGCCUUGACGACGAUGGAUGAAUGGACUCUGUGAUCUGAUUGGUCAUAGGUAGUUAUAUACGGACGCUCAUUAAUUUAGACUAUGCUGUUCCAUUUUAGUUCAUUUUCUAUAUUAGGCACAGGUGCCAAUUUUGUCUUACGUUAUGUUCCUGUAUUCGUUACGUCAAUCAAUUGUACUAAUCAUCUUUUUUAUGCAAGUUCUUUAUAUAGCGCUUGGCAAUUUGAUUUAGAAACCAGCUAUUAUUUUUAUCUCCCAAUUUUAGCUGACACAUAUUUUGUAGAAUCACUUACAAUAAUUAUUAUCACUCAUUUAACCUCAAAUCAAUUUUUUGAUGAAACCAAUUUGUACACAUUUUUUGAUGAUUCUCUUAAUUAAAUCUUGCAA